AUGAAUGCUGACAGUUUUAUUCCUCGAAUAAGUUUCCAUUCGAGUGAUGAGAAAAAUCAAACAGCAAUAAUUUCUUUAGAAUCGCUCGAUAGUGGACAGACAAUCGAUAAAAAGCUAACAGAAUAUUUAAAUAUUUUGGAACGAAUGGAUGGCAUUACAACGAGCAACGAACUGACACAAUUUUUAUUCGUUGGCAAUGCGGGCAUCCAAACACAUGUAUCAAAAGAAUCAUUAAUAGAAAUAUUUCAACCGUUUGGUCAAAUAAUCGAUAUAUUAAUGCCAAUCGGACGACCCUAUUCCUUUAUUAUCUAUGAAAAUAAAGAAUCAGGAAAGGAAGCAAUAGAACAAUGUAACGCAAGGUCCUAUCCGAUUGGUAUCAAUCAAUCAAAUGUAACAUUUUAUAUGGCUUACGUGUCUAAUGUACCCAGUAUAUCUUUAAAUUCAACAUCAUAUCCAAAAGGAUUAACGUUAAUUGAAAAUUUUAUUGACGAUAAUGAAGAAAAAGAAUUAUUAAAACUUAUUGAAAUAGAUCCAGUAGUCCAAAAUGAAGAUCAUCGAAAUAAUCGUAGACAUCGUCGUGGUAUUCAUUAUGGCUAUGAAUUUCGGUAUGCUACGAAUGAUGUUGAUACUUCGAAACCGUUAAAAAAAACAAUUCCACAGGAAUGUCAAAGUGUCAUCCAUCGUGCAUGGAUAUUAGGAUACAUCAAAGAAAAACCUGAUCAGUUGACCGUCAAUUGUUAUGAACCAGGACAAGUCUCAGAUUUUAGAAUCGUUCCUCGAAAUAGUGAUAUUAUAAUGACGGACGAAGGACAAGUAACAAUUGUACCACGAUUAUACCGUGUUUCAUUUACAUUUCGAAAAGUUUCGCAGCAUCAAAAUACUCGUCAAGUGCUACCAGUUUUACCGAAAUCAGAUUUAGAUGCAGCACAAUUAGAACAAAACUAUGUUCAUAAGAUUUACGAUAAAAUAGCUGAUAAUUUUAGUCAUACAAGACAUAGUGCAUGGCCUGGUGUCGUUGAAUUUCUUGGAAAAUUUACGACUGGAAGUAUUAUCCUAGACGUCGGAUGUGGAAACGGGAAAUAUAUGAACAUUAGAAACGAUCUUUUCAUGAUUGGUUGUGAUCGAAGUAUUGGCCUUCUUCAAAUUUGUCGUCAACGUAAUUUUCAAGUAUUUUUAUCCGAUUGUAUGAAUAUCCCGGUGCCGACAAACUUUUUCGAUGGAGCUAUUUGCAUUGCUGUUUUACAUCAUAUCAGUACACCCGAACGACGUUUAAUUGCAUUAAGAGAAAUAGUACGUUUAUUACGUCCAGGAGGCGAAGUAUUAAUAACUGUUUGGGCAAAAGAACAAACAUUAGAAGACAAGAAAAGUUUUUACAUUGAUAAUAAUGCUAAUAGGAAAAAUAAAUGUCAUCAUCAUAAAACAUCAGAGAAAAAGAGUCUUGUUUGUCCUGUUAAUGACAGUUUGACGAAAGAUAGCCCUAUAGAAACUUAUGAAGACGAUACGUUAAGUGUACAUAAAAGUCGUACUGAAUUUCAACGUUCUGAUUGUCUUGUUUCAUGGACAAAAGUGAAAGAAAAUCAACAACUGUUAAGGUAUUAUCAUGUUUAUGGACAGGGUGAAUUAGAACAUUUAAUUGGACACAUUGUUGAAAUAUUAGUCAUGAUGUCAGUGUCAUCAGCUGUCGCAGCAUUGCCAUUUCUAAUUCAGAAAUCCGUCUCACUAAGUCUAUAUCGUGAUCAACAAUUUAAGGGUAGUCGAACGGAACAAGAAAAACGUUUAUUACAAAGUACAACGUUAUAUAUUGGAAACUUAUCAUUUUUCACUACAGAAGAACAAAUACAUGAACUAUUUUCACGUGCUGGAGAUGUGAAACGAAUUAUCAUGGGACUUGAUCGUGCAACUAAAACGCCAUGUGGAUUUUGUUUUGUUGAAUAUUACACUCGUAAAGAUGCUGAAAAUGGUAUGAGAUAUAUCAAUGGUACACGUUUAGAUGAUCGUAUUAUUCGAACAGAUUGGGAUGCAGGAUUUGUCGAAGGACGGCAAUAUGGACGCGGUCGAAGUGGUGGACAAGUUCGUGAUGAAUUUCGAAAAGAUUAUGAUCCGGGUAGAGGUGGCUUUGGAAAACGUUUUCAAAAUUUGCCAAUGGACGAUGAAAAAACUGGUCAUUUACGAGAAUAA